CAUCUGCCAUCAGGAUCUUCCUUUAGAGCUAGAAACGCUCACACCCGCGGGAUGGGAAAGCUUGGUGAGGUUCUUUCGCAUCCAGAUGAAUUUUUACCUCUGGUGCGGAUGGCGCGCGCCGCGCAAAAGGCAACCAGACUUCCCAAGGAUCCGGACUUGGCGUUCUGCUACGGCAUCUUGAACGAUGUGUCGCGGAGCUUUGCCAUCGUCAUUCAACAACUUCCUAAUCCGCUUCGUGACGCCAUUUGUGUGUUCUACCUGGUGCUGCGCGGGUUAGACACCGUCGAGGACGACAUGGCGCUCGAAGUCAGCUUUAAAGUGCCGCAACUCAGGUCCUUCCACGAGCGUAUUUAUGACCGGGGCUUCACGAUGGCCUGCGGCUACAAGCACUACAAGCGGCUCAUGGCGCAAUUCGGCACCGUGGUCAACGUGUUCCUCAGCCUGGAGCCCGCGCACCAAAAAGUCAUCGCGGACAUCACUCGCCGCAUGGGCCACGGCAUGGCAGACUUCAUCGAAAAGGAGGUUGAGGCCGUGAAGGACUACGACCUGUACUGCCAUUACGUGGCGGGGCUAGUGGGCAUUGGGCUGUCGCAACUUUUUGCCGCCAGCGGUCUGGAGUCCCCCUCCAUCGGCAGCGAGGAGGACCUGGCCAACCACAUGGGGUUGUUCCUUCAGAAGACCAACAUCAUCAGAGACUACCUGGAGGAUAUCAUGGAGGAGCCCGCCCCCCGCAUGUUCUGGCCCCGGGAGAUCUGGGGUCGCUACGGCCCCUCCCUGGAGCACUUCAAGGACCCCGUCAACCGCAAACAAGCCGUACAAUGCCUCAACCACAUGGUCACGGACGCGUUGCGGCACCUGCCGUACUGUCUGCAGUACAUGAAGCAGCUGAAGCACGUGCUGGUGUUCCGGUUCUGCGCCAUUCCCCAAAUCAUGGCGGCAGGGACCCUGGCGCUGUGUUACAACAACGGCAAGGUUUUCGAGGGUGAGAUGGUGUGUGUUGUCAAGAUGCGCCGCGGCCAGACGGCCAAGGUAUUCGAGACGUGUAACGAUAUGGGCGACUUGUACCGCUGGUUCAUCCGCUUCCUGGAGAUGCUCAAGACCAAGGUGAGUGUGUCUCCUCGAUGUGGCUACUUGGCGGCGGUAGCUUUGCCUGCCCCCUUUCCUCUCCCUUCCGGGGGUGGGUGGGAGGGAGCCAGGCCUUGGGCGCCAGGGGGCCCCGGGGGGGGGGAAGUGGACUGGGGCCCCAUGCAUCUGUCGGUGUCCGUGUGCCUGGGUGGCCGGUGCGGGUGCGGGUGGGGGUCUAUCGCGGUGUGGAUGGUUGGCUUUCGUUUGCGGAUUUCCAUGGAGGUAUGGAGAUAUGGACGGCGGAGGGAUGGAGGAGCGGUUUAUGAGUAG